AUGUCUUUCAUCUUCUACCUCACUAUUCUCUCUCUGGCGGUUUUCGAAAAUGUUGAGAGUUGUGUGGCGACCGCUGCACCAACCACAACUCACGCCACAGCGACUACAACUACUACCACAGUUGGUGAGUUUCUGUGUCGAUAGAAAAUAUGUAGAACACAAUUUUUUGAAAAUCUUGAUUUUGAAAAAAAAAAAUGAGAACGUGUCAGGGACCACGGCUUCCACCACCACAACUACUACAACUACCACAGUUGGUGAGUGCGCCAAACUUUCGAAUUUCUGAAAAAAAACCCUACUCAACAAAACUUUUUGUGAAAAAUUUUAACUCUAGAUAGGAAAGAAUGUUCGCUCUAUCGCACACAUAUUUUAUUUGUGUGUACUUCUCUCGGACUUCACAUCCGAAAAUUUAGAGCAAAAACUCAAACAGUUUUUCUAACCACAGAAAUGUGAAAAAAGCAGAAUUUUUGGAUGGCGAACAAUUAUGUGACUCUCCUGAGGUCGAAUUCAGUACUUGAAGGAUCCUAUUCAAUUUGCCACGUCAUAACUUACAUUUUCCGACAGCCAAACUUACAGAAAAAUUCAAGAAUUUUUUACAAUUUUCAGCCUGUUGCCCAGUUCUCACAACUUCCUCUCUCCCUAGAGUUGCCCCAUCUGGAACUGGUCAUGAGCAAUGUUCAAUCUUGAAGCGAAUGUCCACGAAAUGCCCAACAACCGGGCUUGUAUUAUGCGAUGCUGCGCAGGAGACUAAUGUGGGUGCAAGUUGCUAGAUGUUCUAGGUUCGAGAUCAUAGAUCAAUCAAUUUCCAGCCAACCAGCAUUCUCAUCCAAUUCUUCAACUCAUCCGGCACCGUCGUUCGCUCAGUUUCCACUGAAGGCGACCACGUCACAGCUACCGUUAUGUGUAUCAAUGGAGUUUGGAACGUUGCGACAACAUCAGGCGGAACCACUUACACCCCAAUCUCUUCGGUGUCUUGUUCGCAGAGUGGAUCAACUGGAACAGAUUUGGGGAACGUUAUAAGUGAUGGUUAUAGUAAAAUUGAUAAGUAUGGGGGUGGUGGAAAAGGAUGGUGA